AUGCGGGUAAGUGUGCAAACGGACAGCGGGGCGGUGUUUCCUUUGGAGAUAGGCGCGGAUGAGACCGUUGAGAUCAUCAAGAAAAGGCUGCAGUCCUUGCUGCUGCUGAGCAGUUCUCAGCACGAAGGCCAAGAGGAGGAGGAGGAAAACGACGACGUGGAGCAGAACCAAACGGACCACGCUGACGGCGUCACGAUGAUCGAGGACAUGGAGCUGAGCCUCGGCGGACGCGCUCUCGAGAAUCGGCGAACGCUCAAGGAUUACAGCAUCGUGCCCAACGCUGCCCUCCAUCUCGCCAUCUCCCGCGGCCAGGAUCAGAAUCUGCCGCCUGCGGAUGGCGUGGCCGCCCUCCCGCAACAGGCGACCUCGCUUGGCACACUGUCGGCCCUGCCGCCCGAGAUGCUCACCCACAUCAUGUCCUUCGUGCCCUUCGAGGAUCUCAUCGUCAAGGUGGCCUGCCUGAACCGCGACUGGAACAAGCUCGUCGAAGACGACAGCCUGUGGAAGAUGGCCUUCGGGCGGUUGUGGCACAAGGAGGUGCAGGAAGAGGAGGAACGCAAGAAGCUUCGUCGGAAGGCGCUCAUGGAGAGGGAGUACCAGGCCAAGAAGAAAAAGCUCGAGGAGGACUACGAGCGCAAGCGACGCGAGCUGGAAGAGGAGUACGACAAGAAGCGCAAGAAGCUCGAGUCCAAGAAAAAGGAGGAGAGCUGGAAGCAAGUCUUCGAGCAGCACUACGUCGUCCAGAAGCAUUGGAAGUCGGGCAAGGCCUGGCUCCAAACGCUCGACGUCAAGCGGACCAUCAACUGUCUGCUCUUCGACGACGAGACCGACCUCGUUGUGUGCGGAAACCAUUCGGCCGAUGGCCAAGGAGGUGAGAUCCGAUUCUGGAAUCUCAAGAAGAGAACCUGUACCAAGACCAUUACCGCCCACGAUCGGUGGGUGCGAGGUCUUUACUGGGAGAAGGAUCGGCUCUUUUCCUGCUCCAACGACAAGACUGUGAAAGUCUGGAACUUGAACACGGGAGCUUUCCUGAACGUGUACGAGGGCCAUGAGAACAACGUGCCCAUGGUGCAAGUCUCGCUGGCGGACAAUAUCAUGGUCUCGUGUUCUCGUGACCAAACCGUUAAGAUCUGGGAUGUUGGUCUGGGCGAUUGCCUGACUACUCUCUCGGGGCAUUCGCAUGCUGUCAACUGCGUGCAAUUCAAGGAUAAUGUUAUCGUAUCAGGAGACCGUGGCGGGCACCUGAAGGUGUGGGACUUCCGCGCGGGAACAUGUAUCAAGACGAUGUCCACUGGACUGGAUGUCGUUCAAUGCGUUGAGUUCGUCGGUGGCCGACCCAACGAGCUGAUCGUCGCUGGAGGAAGUUCUCGCAGCGAUGAAAAGAAGUAUCCGCUUGAGAUAUGGGACUUGAUGCUGGGUUCGGCCGUCACGAGCCUGUAUGGCCACACCGGUUUCAACUGGGCCAUGCAGUACGACCAACCGAGCGGCAAGCUAGUUACUGGUGGAGCCGACCGAUCAAUUCGAGUGUGGGACGUCAAGGAGAGCAAGUGCGAGGGCGAGGUGUUGGACCGAGCAAAGGGUCGGGCGAGUAAUCACGCCGACAGCAUCUACACACUCCAAUUCUCGUCCAACCGGGUGGUGAGUGGAUCCAAAGACAAGACGCUCAAGGUAUGGAACUUUGCGAGAGCGGGCAAGGGCCACGAGGAGGAUGUGGCGAGCAGGGAUGUCGGAGAUGAAAGCGAAGACGAGGACAGGGGCCGUUACGGGAGCUACACCCACGACUACGUCUUCACGGGGUAUCAGAUGGAGUAA